AUGGAUCAAAAGAUUGAAUCGAGUGAAUUAAACACUGGGAAGAAUGUGAGAACAAAAACAUCAUCGGUGCUAAUAUUUUUUGUAAAUGGAAAAAAGGUAAUUGACGCCAAUCCAGAUCCUGAGUGUACGCUUCUUACUUAUCUUCGUGAUAAACUGUAUUUAUGUGGUACGAAAUUAGGUUGCGGAGAAGGAGGAUGUGGUGCAUGUACCGUUAUGAUAUCACGCAUUGAUCGAAACACAAAUGAGAUUCGACAUUUGGCAGUCAAUGCCUGUCUUACGCCAGUAUGCGCAAUGCACGGUUAUGCCGUAACUACUGUUGAAGGUAUCGGUAGUACGAGAACACGUCUUCAUCCUGUACAGGAACGAAUAGCUAAAGCGCAUGGCAGCCAAUGUG